AUGCUGGAAAAGGAACAGCUUAGAAAGAGUCUCGAGAAUUUGGUCCGAUAUUUUGCUCAUCGUGCAGAUGAAUCUGACGAUCGUGAAUGGUCUAUGAUCACUGGGGUUGCCGAGCGGCUGCUGCUUGACGUCACUGAUUGUAUUCGCAAAGAAAAGCCGUUGAAUCAUGAUCUUCUAGAGCGAAUCAGGGAACUGAAUAAGUUGGCCAGACAGGCAACGCUGCAAUCCGAGCAAAAGAAGUCGCCGGUUUGUUUGUUGAUUUUUCCACAAUAA